GGAAAACAACAGUGAAAUUUUGUUACAAAAUCAUUGAAUAUUACUGAAUUUUGAAUAAGAGUUGGUGAAAUGAAUUCGCUGAACAGAAGAUUAAUCAGUCUUUUACUUAAUGAGGCUAAAAUAGCACGGAGAAUACCUAAUAAAUCAUCAUUUUCUCAAGUUGUUAACCCAAUAAUCAAUCACGUUAUUUUACCAGUAAAAUUAAAUGUUUACCCAGCUCAAAGUAACCUUACACGAAAUAAAUCUAAAAAGGUACAGCAUGAUUCUGAUGACGAGGAUGACUUCCAAGACGAUGAUGCGUCACUAUCGAGGGAUUCAAAAGUGGUAAAAUUCAAUGCAACAUCCAUGAGGACCGAUGCUAUAUUGAAAUUGGCCUUAGGAGUUGCCAGAAAUAAAAUAGAAACAGUUUUUUAUGAAAGUAAGAUUAGAGUUAAUGGAAAGAAGAUUAUGAAGAAAAGUCACGGGAUAAAACAAGGUGAUGAAAUUGAUGUGAUAAAAUCAGUCAGUGCAAAGAAUCCCGAUCACUUAAAUGUUUCAAGAGUAGAAAUUAUCAAUGUUACAGCUAAAGAGGAAAGUAUUUUGAUAACGGCUAGAAGAUUCAAGUCAUUGCUUAUAGAAAAUUAUGAGGAAGAUCCAUAUAAGGCAUCUACGACUUCUGAUGAAUAAGAUUAUAAGUUAAACAAUGCAUCAACUAACAUAGAAUCAUAAUUCAUAAAUCUAAAAAGUUAUCUAGUGCAAUUAUGAAUGUUAAGAUUGUUAAAUAAAAUACAAAAUGUAACAAA